GAACACAAAGAAGAGGAAGAAGAAGAAGGCGCACUGGAACUCACAGACUAGUGCGCCCGGAAUCCGGAUUUUGGGCGAGAUGGUCAUGGCGGAGGGCACUGCCGUUUUGAGGAGGAAUCGACCGGGAACUAAAGCCAAGGACUUCUACAACUGGCCUGACGAGUCAUUUGAGGACAUGGACAGUACCCUGGCCGUUCAGCAGUAUAUCCAGCAGAACAUUCGGUCAGACUGUGCCAACAUUGAGAAGAUUUUAGAGCCUCCUGAGGGGCAGGAUGAGGGCGUCUGGAAGUAUGAACACCUCAGGCAGUUUUGUUUAGAGCUGAACGGCCUGGCUGUCAAAUUGCAGGGAGAGUGCUUUGCAGACAUAUGCACCCAGAUGACUGCCACUGAGCAGUGGAUCUUCCUCUGUGCAGCUCACAAGACUCCUAAAGAGUGUCCAGCCAUCGACUACACCAGACACACUUUGGACGGAGCUGCUUGUCUCCUCAACAGUAACAAGUAUUUCCCCAGCAGGGUGAGCAUUAAAGAAUCCUCAGUAGCUAAGCUGGGCUCCGUGUGCCGGCGGAUCUAUCGGAUAUUCUCCCAUGCAUAUUUCCACCACCGCCAAAUCUUUGACAAAUAUGAGAAUGAGACGUUCUUGUGCCAUCGCUUCACUCGCUUUGUGAUGAAGUACAACCUGAUGUCAAAGGACAAUCUGAUAGUUCCCAUCAUGGAGGAUGAAACGCAGAACGAGCCGGAGGCAGACAGUGAAGCCUGAGGAUGGACACUCACACCCUUGGGGCUUAUAUUCUUUGGAAAAAAAAAAAAUAUAUAUAUAUCUGGUUUUAGGGUUGGUUUGUGUACUUGGGUGCCAGAGGGCAGUGCUUUCCACAUGGGGCCAGAAAGGUCAGACCACCACAGGAACAGAAUUGGGAAUUUUACUUAAUUUGACCAGCAGCAAACCUCACCAAUUUGCAGUUGUAACCACAAUAAGAUAAAUAUUAACUAUUCUGUAGCUACAGUUUGACCUGGGCUCCAAGCCUUGCACUCAUCUAUCCAGCCUCUUAAAAUUAAUCUUGGUCAGGGUCAUGGGAGCGGUGAGUCUGCUCAAAUCAAACCUGAAAAAAAUAAAAAAGAUAGUAUUUGCUCUUGUACAAUUUUGAGAAUUGGCUGAAAAAUUGCUGAUUAAGUAUUCUUCCCACAUUUUCAGAUUAUGUAAUGAAAUUCGUGUCAGACAUUGUUUUGCAUUUAUCCAAACGUUUUGCACCCUAUUCUCAUACUGGUCUUACCUUCUACCCCAUAUUGAAGGACAUCAGACCAGUUAAGAAACACAUGCUUUAAAAGCACAUGUCUUGGUGUGAUAGUAAAUUAUAGUUUGUUAGUGGAACCAAGAAGUGUAAGUCCUUUGAAAGCUCUCUCUGGCCUUGAUGUCUCAUUUGAAAGGUUUUCCUGUCUGGCCUGCUCGCUGGUUCACACACAGCUGUGAGCAGGUUUCGUCUUAUCACACACACACUUGAUAUUUGUUACAGUCAGAGUCUCUGAACACUUCCUUGCUCUUGUACAUGACAAAAUGGGUUGGAACAGCUAGUGCAGUAGCAGGGCAGGCCCUCUUUAAUGUGGCUUAUACAUAACAAAAGUAAUUUAUUGUUCUCAUUUAUUGUGAAUGAUUAAUGCCAACCACUCAGCAUUGCCUUGGGUUUUCAAAAACCUAAUUGUUUCUGGAUUUAUAUAUUCAUGUUUGAUAAAAAAUGAUUCACUCAAUGUAUUUUCUGUAGUAUGUCCCUGGUGGAUUAGCAUUCACAUUUUAUAAAUAAAAUAUAUUGUAUAUUUGC